UAUAGCAAUCAUAUUGAGAAAUCCUGCAUCAAUGAAAAAUUCACUAAAAUUUUGUGUUGCUUUUCUGAUCAUGGUUCUUUUGUUUGAUCCGAGUCAUGAGUUACCACCGUUUUGGCCCCGAACCGUCCUCACGAUGACAAAUAAUCUUGGAGGUCCACUUCUUACGGUUCAUUGCAAAUCCAAAGAUAACGAUUUGGGGGUUCAAAAGUUGGCUGCCAACACAGAUUACCACUUUUCAUUUCAGCCAAAUAUAUGGAAAUCAACACUGUUCUUCUGCAGCUUCCAAUGGAACAAUCAGGUCAAGCAUUUUGAUAUAUUUGAUGCUCAGAGAGAUCAAGAUGACGGUUAUAAAUUUACCUGGACUAUCAAACCUGAUGGCCCAUGCAAGCUUGGUAAAAAAGUUAAAUGUUUCCCAUGGAAAUGA